CGUGACAGAUCACAGCGGGAACUAGAAGUCCCGAUGGAUGAUGACUAGAUCGUUUUCACUUCUCGCCUCAGUUCACGACCGAGAAGAUCUCUGUUAUGACGUAUUAUUUCGUUACUCGAGUUAUUCCCAUGAAGUACCCGUUCGGAGGUGUAGUGAUUCGAAAUUAAAAUUAAAAGUGCUCCACGUAGUCGAGCGGCCGGACGGCAGCCACAUCUCGGAAAAUAACACUCGAUCAGUGACGCCCAGCGGUUUAGAACACACGACAAAAAUCCCAAAUUGAGUUAUAAGGCCGUUUCGAACCCGAGCUUUUUCAACCAUUUUCGCCAGAUGGAAACCACCAACGCCCCAGGGCCGUCAAAGAGCGGCAAGGACGGCGAGGAAAAGGACGAGAACCCCAUGUUCGAGUGCAACAUCUGCCUGGACACCGCCAAGGACGCGGUCAUCAGUAUGUGCGGCCACUUAUUUUGCUGGCCUUGUCUUCAUCAAUGGCUUGACACACAGCCCAUGCGGCAGCUUUGUCCAGUUUGCAAAGCAGGAAUAAGCAGGGAUAAAGUAAUACCACUGUAUGGACGAGGAAGCAACCAACAAGAAGACCCAAGGACAAAAAUUCCUCCUAGACCUGCAGGACAAAGGUCAGAACCAGAAAAUACAGGAUUUCCAGGUUUUGGGUUUGGUGAUGGUAGUUUCCACAUGUCUUUUGGCAUCGGAGCUUUUCCAUUUGGAUUUAUUACAUCCACAUUUAAUCCACAUGAUCAAAGACCUUCACAAGCUGCAAGAGGGAUACCACAAGAAGAUGAAGUCGUAUCUAAAAUGUUCCUCUACAUUGCGAUAACUUUUAUCCUCUGGCUAAUGAUAGCAUAAUAAUUUUUAAAAUAUGAUAAAUCAUUCCAAAAAAACAAAAAACAAAAAAAUAAAACGAAAAAAUACAAGAUUAUCUUGGUUGGCGUGAGUGGUUUUAAAGUUGGAAUAUUCAGUAUCUAGCCAUUUGGUGAAGUUGUAAGGAAAAAUGAAUCGGUUCGAACUGAUGAAAAUGCGUACACUAAAUAAAUAUUAAAUGUUUUCAAAUGAGAAAUAAAUGUUCAUACUACAGUCAUAACAGUAUUGUAAAUGUUGUCGAAAGAAAAAUGUAAGUAUAAUCAGAAUGAAGAUCAGAUAAAAAAAGUAAAAUUUAAGUAAAAGUUACUUUAACAAAAAUUUGAAUUGCUCGGCCGAUUUAGUGAAUUUCUGUACUUUCUACUUAUACAAUAAGAAUAAUAUGUUAAUAUUGUAAAUGUUGCUUAGUGUAUAUUGUGUGAAUAAGUACAGUAAAACUUAAACUUAUUGCCACAUAUGGUGGAAGGUUGGUCAAAGGUGUGCAAAAAUGAGUUUUAAAUUAAAUCCUAGAUUGUAAGGUUUUGUUUCACAAAAUGUGAAGUUACCAGGUUUUUGUAACACAUGAAAAUCUUCUCAUCGCAAUUAUGUCCAUGAACAUACAGCUAAUAUGUAAUAUAUAUUGUAUUAUUUUUGA